AUGGAGCAAAUCUGCCAGAAACUACUGAAACCGGCUAUAACAAAAGCCCUCACUUCUCGCGAUAAUUACAUCAAAAUCAAUCACAGCGAAAUCAGCGAGAUCAAGAAAAACGUAUCUACUCAUGCGGAUGAAAUAUUAAAACUGAAAAAAGAUUUAAUGGAAUCGUCGAAAGCUAGUCCCCAGAGGCCGUCCGGGUACUCGGCCGGAUCUUUUGAUAGAAAAUACGAUAAAGUUGAUGAAGAGGUUUCCAAAAUGAAUAUUUACCUGGAGAAUCGAAUUCAAAACGCACUGAAUGAGCUGCAGAAUACUAACUACGAGAUCAGACGACUGCGUGACAUAGUCGACACAUACAACUCAAGAACCGAUGAGUUGCAACGCCAAGUGACAUUUCAGCGGCGCACUCCGAACGAGGAUGAAAUUUCUCGCAAGCUGAAAAUUCUGCAGGACUCACAGCCUCGAAUAAGAAAGUUGGAGCAGGAUAAUUUCGAUGGACAAGUAAAGAUGCGAGACAUGGAAUCGCGCGUAUUCGAACUAGAGUCGAAGGCAAAGAAUCUAGCUGAAGAGCUAAUGAACACUUCAAAAUCAGUGAAAGCAACAGGAUUAUCGAACAUUGCUCAGAACUCGUAUGAUAGAGUGCUUAUGGAGCUAAGAAGAAUUAACGAUGAAAUUCAAGACCUCAAGUACUCAAACUCUAACUUGAAGCUUUCAAUAAAUGGACUAGAUAAAGAAAAUAUAAACGAACGCGCGUAUACUGAAAGUUUAUGGAAGAAUAUGUCCGCGAUUAUCACCAAAGCAGAAUCGAGAAGGCAAACUUAUGCAUUUGAAUAUACAAUAGGCCCUACACAAAUGAAGAUGGAAUCUCGUCCUCAUCCUUUUGGUGUCGCGAUAAUUGACCGGUCGAAUGGAGCUUACUUGACGUCCGGAAAGGAUUGUUACGCGCCCGGUGGAGCUACGAAAAAUUAUUCAUGCCUUGGUGUUUUCCGUGCGCCCGUAAAAGGACUCUACAAAUUUAGCCUGCUUGGUUGCCAGUGGCUAGCAAACGCUAGAAAGAGUCAUUUUACUGGAUGGUUGAGAAAGAAUGGCCGUGGAAUGACAGGAAGCUAUUCGAAUAGCGGCGAUGUUGCUAAGAUGAAGGAGGGAGCUCUGCAUUCGGUCUCGUUAGAGAUGCUCCUCGAGUUGGAACCAGGAGAUGAAGUUUCCACACUUUUCGUUGCAUACAUGGGUAGCAACAAGUUAUAUAGAACAAAAUCUAACCAUAUCUUCAAUUCAUUCUCUGGCUAUUGCAUCGACUGUGAAUAA